CUAACAAUCAACUCCAUAUCCCAUACCAAACCACCAUCAUUCCAAUUGCGUCGCCAAUUGUGCCUCUCUCAGCAUGUUUUCCAGCACUUCCUCCGACGACUCAAUACCCAAACCAUCCGAGAAGGCCCCUCGCCAUGCCUCCGAUCGAGAACACAUCGUGGCCCUCAAGUCAUUUGGUGUAGAUCUGCAUCCAGAAACCCCCAUGUAUGUCGAAGAUAGUACAUCCCUGGCCAACGCCAUCGGCGGUAGUGGACUCAAGGACAUUUUUGCCAACUCCCUGGUCCUUAUGGCCGCCUUCAGCGCAUGUAUGGGAGGCCUGUUGUUCGGAUUUGAUCAGGGCGUAGUCUCGAUCAUUCUGACGAUGGAUCAAUUCCUGUCUGUCUUUCCUGAGAUUGACGCUGAUGUCUCGAGUGGCGCUUCGUUCAACAAGGGUAUCAUGACUGCCCUUCUCGAACUCGGCGCUUUCAUCGGAGCUCUACAAGCCGGAUUCCUCGCCGAUAGGUAUUCAAGAAAGAAGACUAUCGCUAUCGGGGCGGUGUGGUUCAUCAUUGGCAGUAUCAUCCAGACAACCUCAUACUCCUUUGCUCAACUCGUCGUUGGCCGGUUCAUCGGCGGCCUUGGUGUCGGUGUACUGUCGGCUGUGGCUCCCAUGUACAUCAGUGAAUGUGCCCCGCCCAACAUCAGGGGGUCCUGCCUUGCUCUGGAAGGAUCCUCUAUUGUGAUCGGUAUCGUCAUCAUGUUCUACAUCACUUACGCCACCCGCUACAUCUCCAACGACUGGGCUUUCCGCGCCCCAUUCCUUCUUCAGAUGACUCCCUGCAUCGGUCUCUGUAUCGGUCUCUACAAACUUCCCUACUCUCCUCGAUGGCUUGCGAGCGUAGGCAGGGACCAGGAAUGCCUCGACGCCCUUGUCCGACUCCGCCGCUUCCCUACUUCUGACCCUCGCUUGCAAGCCGAGUGGAUCACCGUCAGGGCCGAGGCCGUCCACAACAGAGAAGUCAUGUUGGAAGAGCACCCGAAUUUGCAAGGGGAGGAUGUGUGGUCCCAAAUCAAGCUGGAAAUUGCUUCGUGGAUAGACAUGUUCAGGCCCAAGAUGAUCAGGAGGACGUCGAUUGGUAUUGUCUUGAUGGUAUUCCAGCAGUUCUUGGGUAUCAACGCUCUUAUCUAUUACUCCCCCACACUCUUCGAAGAGCUCGGCCUUGAUUACCAAAUGCAGCUCGACAUGUCUGGCGUCCUCAACAUCCUCCAAAUGCUCGCCACUUUCGUCGCUUUCUUCAUCCUCGACCGUGUCGGUAGACGCGCGCCCCUCCUGAUCGGAUCGAUCGUCAUCACCUCUUGCCACGUUAUCGUUGCUGCCAUCAUGGCCGUCUACAGUAAAGACUGGGCAGCACACAUGACGCAAGCCUGGGUUGCUGUAGCAUUCAUCUUCUUGUUUAUGUUUGCUUUCGGCCUCGGGUGGUCUCCUGUCCCUUGGGCUAUGCCUGCUGAGAUCAACCCUUCCAGCCGACGUGCUAAAGGUGUCGCUAUAACCACCUGUGCCUGCUGGGCCGGCAACUUUAUCAUCGGCCUCAUCACUCCGCCAAUGCUGCAGCACCUCAAAUACGGCACAUUCCUCUUCUUUGCGGCAUUCGGACUUUUGUCUGGGAUCUGGACGUGGUUCUUUUGCCCCGAGACCAAGUGAGUCGAUGUUUCCAUCUGGGGUGGCAGACGUUAAACUGAUGUUAUCCCAAGGGGAAAGACGCUGGAACAGAUGGACGAGGUCUUCCAUACCAACACUGCCCAUCUCGAUCUCAUUGCCAAACGCGACAUCGAGGCUAUCAUCAUGGGUACACCCGCCAAGCCCCUUGCGAGGGGCAGGAGCGACUCUUCGUCCUCUGCUGUUGGAGAGAUCGUGGCUCGAUUCAAGAGCGACAGCGAAAAGGUGGGCAAGGACAAUGUGCAAGAGCAGUGGAUUGAGCACGCUUGAGCGCGCAUGGGGGGACAUAGGGAGGAAGAAGAGAAGACGAGGCGUGUUUACUUCAUCGGAUCGUUGGAUUUGUAGCAUUACUAUUUCAAGCCUAUACUGUUGACAUAUCAUAUACUGUACACACAUAUGACGGAUGAAUGCAUUGAAUCUAUACCA